AACAGAAUUUCUUGACCAAUCACAUUCAAAUUUCAUGGGUUUCUACGUAGUUUACAUUUGAUUUUGUUAUAAAUUUGAAUAAUUCUUAGCCCCAUCACAUCAAAACCCAAUCUUUUCUGUCUGAUUGUGUGUUUAUAUAAGUUUGAAAAAUUGCAGUGCUUAUUCUUAAAAAAUGGCGGAUUAUUGGUGGUCAUUUGUACUCUUGUUGCUUCUUCUUCUUGUUCAGUUCCCUGAAUUGCAGGGCCAACAGAGCUAUGUCAACAACAGACAGCUUAACUGCCAGCAGAACGACACCACAACUCUUGGUUAUGUUUGCAAUGGCGUCGCCACUUCCUGCCGCUCUUACCUCACUUUCCGAUCUACUCUUACCUACAACAGCGCCAUCACCAUCGCCAACCUCCUCGCCGCCGACGCAUCUGAAAUUGCGCAAAUCAAUAAUAUUACCGAUGUUGGUGUGCUCCCUGUUGACACACUCGUUGUCGUUCCCGUCAAUUGUUCCUGCUCCGGCUCCGAUUCGAGGUACCAGCACAACACGUCGUACACUAUCCAGAUCCAGGGCGAGACGUAUUUCAUUAUUGCGAAUGAUACUUACCAGGCUUUAACCAGCUGCCAGGCCAUGGAAGCUAAUAAUCCUGACGGUUUUCGUGAUUUGGUGGUGAAUAUGAGACUCAAUGUUCCGCUUUGGUGCGCUUGUCCCACUGCGAACCAGACGGCCGCCGGCUUCAAUUAUCUGCUCACUUACCUAAUUCGGCUGGGGGAUUCAUACCGUUAUAUAGCCGAUGCAUUUUCCGGCGCCGGUGCUGAUGUCCCGGGGAUCCUCAAUGCCAAUAACCUAUCAGAAAACGACCGUAUCUUUUUCUUUACACCGAUUUUAGUACCGCUUACAGAAGAACCCACCAAGGAAAAUAUCAAUAUCCUGCCUCCACCGCCGCCGCCUCCACCGCCGCCGCCCACCACCCCCUCUGACCAAAGUGGUGGCUCUUCCCGCAAGUGGGUUUUCAUCGGCGUUGGAAUUGGUGCUGCUGUUUUACUCCUAGUCUUAAUCUCCGUGGCUUUGUUCUUCCGCCACCGCCGUGCCCGUAGGCACCAAUCUUCCUCAACGCCACCAUCCAUGAUUAAGAAACUUAACAAUGAAUCUGUAGAGGCGCAACCUGCUUCCUGGUCGGUCUCAUCUGAAGGGAUACGAAAUGCAAUCGAAACUCUAACAGUGUACAAAUUCGGGGACCUGCAAACGGCCACCGGAUCAUUCGCAGAAGCGAACAGAAUCAAUGGAUCGGUGUACCGGGGUUCAUUCAAGGGCGACGACGCUGCAGUUAAGGUAAUGAAGGGAGAUGUAUCGCACGAAAUAGACGUGCUCCGGCAAAUUAAUCAUUCCCACAUCAUUAGGCUUUCUGGUUUCUGCUUGCACCAAGGAAUUACCUACCUUGUGUAUGAGUACGCCGAGAAUGGUUCCCUCAGUGAUUGGCUACAAAACAAUAAGAUGCAGCACGAAGAUUCCAAUAAUUCAACUGGGAUUCUUGAUUGGAAACACAGAGUUCAAAUUGCAUACGACAUUGUUAAUGCCUUGAAUUACCUGCACAACUUCACCAAUCCACCGUAUAUCCACAAGAACUUGAAGAGCAGCAACGUCCUUUUGGACAGUAACAUGAGGGUGAAAGUUGCCAAUUUCGGUUUGGCCAGGAGUUCGGACCAUGAUCAUAGCGUACCUGUAAUGACCCGGCAUGUCGUGGGCACUUACGGGUAUAUGGCUCCCGAAUACAUUGAGAAUGGAUUGAUCACUCCAAAACUCGACGUCUUUUCAUUUGGGGUGGUGCUUUUGGAGCUCAUGUCUGGAAAGGAAGCCAUUGCUGCUAAAGACAGCAACAAAGAAGGAGAAUUAUUGUCUGCAUACAUAAAUGAGGUACUCGAAGGGGAGAAUGUUGCAGGGAAACUACGACAGUUCAUGGAUCCUCGACUCGGGAAAGGGUAUCCAACAGAGCUGGCAUACUCCAUGGCCGAACUUGCUAAGAAUUGCGUAGCUCAUGAUCUCAAUUCACGUCUCACGGUAGCUGAUGUUUUCAUGGUUCUUUCAAAGAUUCUUUCAUCCUCCUUGGAUUGGGUUCCUUCAGAUGAUCUUCAAAACUCCAUAUCAUUCGGGGAUGGCAGAUGAUAAGAUUCACCAGCUCAUCAUGCCUACAAGCAUUGUCCCAAAUUCUUUUGUCUGAUCAAUAAAUUUGUGUUAUCCAUAGAAGUAAAUAGUAAAAUAUAGUCAGUAAAUUUUGUACUAUGCACCAAUGAUUUGGUAAAAAUAUUUAAAUUCUUGAUUUUUCCUUACACAAACAGAGUUACUUCCCAUCA